AUGUUUUCACAUUUACACCAUCGUAUACAACGUGCCUUACGACGGAGAUGCUGCCGCAGCGCGUCGAAUAUUUGCGCACAAGCGCUGCAAUACUGCAAGCACGGUGAGCCCGCUGACGUACUUGAGCUCGUGGAAUUGGCAGUAUCAGAACCAAAAGACACAGAAGUGCUGGUAAAGCUGCUGGCCGCACCCAUUAAUCCCUCCGACAUCAACACCAUACAAGGCAAAUAUCCAAUAAAGCUGCCCCUACCAGCCAUUGCCGGCAAUGAGGCUGUAGCAGAAGUACUGCGGGUUGGCGAAAAGGUAAAGCAGCUUAAACCUGGGCAUCGCGUCGUUGUGGUGGAGAAUGCACUGGGCACUUGGCGCACGCACGCCACCUUUGCAGAACAUCAGCUGAUGUGCGUUUCCGAUAAAAUAGAUUUGGCUGCUGCUGCCACGUUGGUCGUAAAUCCACCAACUGCCUACCGCAUGCUGAAGGAUUUCGUGCCACUUGCCCAGGGCGAUUGUGUCAUUCAGAAUGGUGCCAACAGCGCGGUGGGCCAAGUAGUACAUCAACUCUGUAAAGCGUGGGGGCUCAAGUCGGUCGGUGUGGUGCGCAAUCGCCCGAAUUUCGAGGAGUUAAGAACAUAUUUGAGGGUAUUAGGUGCAACUGAAGUACUCACAGAGGAGCAAUUGGCGCAGACAGACAUCUUUAAAAAAGCGUUGCCAGCUCCGCGUUUGGCGCUCAAUUGUGUUGGUGGUAAGAACGCAUCGGAUAUAGCAAAACAACUUGCACCCAUGGGGGUGAUGGCCACUUAUGGCGGUAUGUCGCGAAAGCCAGUAAUGGUGUCAACGUCGGCGCUUAUUUUUAAAAACGUAUCGUUUUGUGGAUUUUGGAUCACGCGUUGGAUGAGGGAUCACGUAAAAACGCCUGUACGUGAAAAAAUGUUCACCGACCUCACGAAAUUGCUGGAGCAGGGCAAAUUGAAGGGAGUCAAGCAUGAGAUGGUGCCGCUAACAGAGUACAAAGCGGCUGUGGCGGCAACGUUAGACAUAAAGGGGUUGGUGGGAAAGAAAUACAUUUUGGAUAUGCAAUGCUAA